CCACGACCUCGCCUCUCCCUCCAACCUCGCACCCUGCCUUGCCCCGCCUCUCGGCCGCACCGCUCCUCGCUCAUCCAGGGACCCGCACGUAUCUCUGGCGCCGGCGUUUGCGUCUCGGACAGCCCGCUUGGCCCGCCUCUGCAGCGCGUUCUCCGGGCACUUCGGCCGCCUGCCGCGGCCUCGUCCUCUUGCUCGCUCGAUGCAGCUGCGUCGCGCAUAGCCUCUCUGUCUCACCGCACCGGCCUUGAGAGUGCACUCGGCCAGUCUCACACCGCGCCGCUUCCUUCUGAGCACGCGCUCGCUCUCUUCCACGGCACGCCCCGACAUCUCUCGCGUCGUCGGGCUUGCAGCGCGCAUCGGCGCCUCGCCUCUGAACGACCCGAGCUGUGCGGAGCGCCGCCUCAACGCCGCAUGGCAUGUUCGACGGCGGGCAAUACCCAGGGAUCGCUGGCUCGGUGCAGGGCCUCGGCGGCUUCGGCGCGGAUGCCCAGUCGCAAGGCGCCGCGCUGCAGCCGGGCGCCCAGCAGCACACGCAGCAGAACCAGCUCGGCAUGAAUCCUGCGCAAUUCGCAGCCAUGUCGCAGAUGGGCCCGGACCUCUCCUCGGCGGCGGGCAACGGCCUCACGCCGGCCAUGCUCGCCAUGCUGCAGCAGACGCAGCAGCAGGGCGGCGCGUCAGGCUCUCGCUGGCCGGCAGGCCAGAGCUUCAAUCCGAGCAUGUUCAACCAAACAGCUCAGCAAGCGGCGCCAUCGCACUCCGGCGCGCCCGGCUAUGCCUCGCAGCCGGCCUACAACUUUGGCGCGCUCCAGGGCGGCGGCGGAGGCUUGAGCAGCGAGGCGGGCGCUGGAGCGAUGUUCGGCCAAGGAGCGCAGAACUCCAGCAUGCAGUACUCGCAAUUCGCCGGCGCCUCCGCCAUGCCGCAGACGAGCGGCGCGAUCGAGCCGAACGCUCUGAUGAACGGCUUGAACGGCUUCGCGGAAACGUCGACCGACGGCGCUGGGUCGAGCUACGGCUCCAUGCAGCACGCAGGCUCGGCAGCCGCCAACGCCGGGAUGCAGCCCUUCAUGUACGCGUCUGCGUCGUCGCCCGGUGCCUCGGACGUGGGUGAGUUCAAGAAGCCCGGCACCAGUCAGGGCGGCCGGAGGAGUCGAGGCACGCCGACAAGCACACCCGGCCCGAAGUUUGGACCGCCCGGAGCACAUCAAGGAUCGUCGCCUGGGCACGCUGUGCCUCACGCCGGCGGCAUCCAAGCUUUCGCGCGCGACCGCUCCAGGAGCCAUACGCGGAGUCCGUCCGUCUCUGGCGCGCAGCUGCCGCAGCAGCCCGGCCACCGACCGCCUGGCACGCCGCUGCAGACGCAGCAGCCGCACCCGAGCGCGGCAGGAACGCCGCGCGGCGCGCACGCAUCGCAGCCGCAGAUGGCGAUGCCGAGCUUCCCACCUGGGUGGCAGCCGGCGAUGCCGCCAGCGCAGCAGCAGCAGAUGAUGAGCCAGGCGAUGCAGCUCUCGAAGCAGCGCGCCAACCAGGGCCAGGCCAUGUCGCCUGCUCAGGCGCUGCAGCAGAUGGGCUUCGUCUUCGUCAAGGCUGCCCUACUCCCGCCUCAGGCGCAGGAAGCCUUGGUCGCGGGCGGCGCAGUCAUCAGCAUCAACGAGGCGCGCGCUCUCGGCUUCUUGCCGCAGCAUGGGCAGGCGCACGCAGGACAGGGCGCCGGAGCCGGACAGGCGCCCGCUGCGCACUCGCCGCACCCGUCAUCGCUCAAUCCGCAGGCGCAGCAGCAGUUCAUGAUGCAGCAGCAGCAGCAUGCACGGCAACAGUCGCAGCAGCCGCAGCAGCAGCAACAGUAUCCGUCGCAUGCUCCGUCUACUCCGCAGCAGCAGGCCGGCAUGCCGCCGCCGCAGGUCUUCAGGCCGUCGCCAGGCGCUCACGCCGCGUCUCCAGCGCAUGGACCGCAAAGUCCGAGCGCAGGCGCAGGCGGGAUGUCUGCGCCAAACGGCUCGGCACGAGUGCGCCAGGGCACGAACCCUCCGCGGCCUCAGUCUCGAAGCAGCGCACGGGGAGGAUCACGCCCGCCAACGACUGACGGGCUGAGCGGGUCAAAUCCCUUCGCUCCCUCGGACAUGUCGGAGAGUGCGUCGCGGCGACCUAGCUCGGCCUUGGCGCUGGACGGCGCGCCGCCAGGACCCUCGCGAUCGUUCUCUGUGGCCUCCGCCGACGGCGUGUCCGGCGGCCCGCCUGAUGCGCUCGCCACAAUCGAGCAGCAAGCGCAGGCGCAGGCGGCACAGCUGCGUGCGCAUCGCUUCAGCGUCGCAUCCUUGCCGCCCUCUCAGGGCGGGCCGCUGCCCAAGUUCACGAAGAGCGGCUUCGCUGUCGCCGACUACAACUCGCGCGUCACGCCGCUGCCUCCGCUUCCAGACGGCGACGAGGUGCCCGAAGAGGACGCCAAGGCGCUCGAGAAGCUCUGGCAGCCGCUGACGAAGGAAGAGGAAGGCCAUUUGGCGGUGAUCAUGCAGAGAGACCACGACUACACGCAGAUGAUCAACACGCACGGGCACCGCAGCCUCAACGCUCUCCGGGCCCGCGCCGACGAGCUGCGGCCUGCGCCGCACAACCUGCACUGGUGGGAGCGGCCGGACGUCGCAGACGACCCGCACUACAUCAACAAGGCCUACGAGGCAUUACACGUGCUCCUCCCGCAGCAGAAGCGGCACGAGCAGCUGCGCAAGGGCGGGCGCAGCGCGGGCACGCUUGCGUCGAACCUGUCUGCGUACGAGGAUCGGCGGUUGUCGCGCGCUGCCGCAGGCAAGGUCGAGGAUCUGGUGCCAAUCCGGCUCGAGAUCGACUACGAGGCGUGGCGACUGCGCGAGACGUUCACAUGGAACGCCACCGAUGCACACGUCGGCCUCGACUCCUUUGCCCAGACGCUGUGCGACGACUUUGCUCUGCCGCACGCCGGCUUCGUGGCUGCCAUCAAGCAGUCUGUGCAGGCGCAGGUGCAGGAGCACGUUGCCGCUCGCGCGCUCUAUGUGCGACGAGGCGAGGAUGCAGACGACGCGCGCCGAGGAAAGCUGGAUGCAGAAGAGCAACAGUGGUGGAAGAGGCAGAGGGACAGUCUUGCCGAUGAGGCGUCGCCCGCCUCGCGGAAGCGCGCGCUCAGCGCCGAGGCGGAGGACGAGCGUGCGACAGCGAAGAGCGAGAGCCCAGUCGUUGUUGCGCGUCCGCGGGCGGAGCUCCGAAUCGACAUUCGACUCGACAUCACGGUGGGCGCGAUGAACCUCGUCGACCGCUUCGAGUGGGACCUUGGCGAAGACGAGACUACCUCGCCGGAGCAGUUCGCAGAGGUCUUCGCCGCCGAUCUCGGCCUGUCGGGCGAGUUCCGGACUGCGAUCGCGCACUCCAUUCGCGAGCAGGUCGACGUGCACAAGCGCUCCCUCGCGCUGCUCGGCUACGCGUUCGACGGCGCAGACGUGUACGACGAGGAGCUGCGCACGUGCUUCCUGCCGUCCGUGUCGGGCGCUGCGCGCAACGAGGCGGAUGCGGACAGCCACACGCCGCGCCUGCACCAGCUGAGCGAGGCUGACAUCGACUUGCUGGAGAAGGAGCGGGAACGGGACGCGCGGCGAAAGAGGCGCCAGACGCGCGGACGGCGAGGCAUCAACCUGCCCGAUCGCGAGCCUCAGAAGACGCAGCGAACGCCGGCCGUCUCCGGACUCCAGGCUGCCAACAUCGCGGCCAUGCUGGCGAGCAACGGCGGCGAGAUGGCUGGCGGAGAGUGGAAUGGGCUCGUUGGCCCGGGCGGACGCUCGGACCGUGGAGCAGGCAUUUCGACGAGACGUGCUGCAGCGGCCGCCACCGCCUCGAUCGCGCCGUCGCUGGGCCUGCCGGAUCGCGACACACCUGCACCCGUACCCGAGGCGCCGCAAGCUGCAGCCAAGCGGGCACGCCUGGAGAGCCACGCCGUGCACUUUGUGCACCCCGGCGGUCUUGGCGGCCUCAACGAGGCCACGGGUCCGAGCUUCGUCGGCGCAAACGGAGGCGAGCUGCACAAGCACAGACCUGUCGCGCAGUCCGGCGCUGCCGUCUCGGCCUCCGCACAGGACACGCCGCAGUCGCACAUGUCGGCGAAGGCUGCCGCUGCCGCUGCAGUCGCUGCGAAGAUCCGGGCUGAGGACGUCAAGACGCAGCACGAAUGCUUCCACGACGGGCAGUGGCACUGCUCCAACUGCGGCAUUCCAGGCACGCUUGCUCCGGGCCGCCGCAAAGGCCCACUCGGCGACAAGACGCUCUGCGGCCCGUGCGGCAAGUACUACCAUCGCCACCGCCGGAUCCAGAACGUGCACUACACUCGCGACGAGGGAUUCCAUCGCGGCCUCUACGGCCACAGCAAGAUUCCGCGGCCGGAGCACGGCGACUCGACACAACCGACGUCUGCUGCAGACACGCCCGCCUCGGGGGCGAACGGUUCAUCUGGCGCACGUGCAGACAAGCGCCGUGCGGACCGCGAGGCCGGCGAAGGCCAGCACUCGAGCAGCGAUGACGACGACGAUGACGAUGACGAAGAUGACGACGACAACGAUGAGGCCGUCGACGACAAGAGCAAGGUCGUGCGCAAUGCUCACGCGCUGCAGGCCGGCUCCCUCGUCAGUCAGCCGCAGUCGACGCGCGGCAACUCGCCCGACCUGCCGUUCCAGCAAGUCGGCUCGCCCGACGAGGACUCGGACUCGGCGGAGUCCUCUCCCGGCUCGUCACGCCGUCCGAGCGCAUCGCCGUCGAAGAACGGCGUCCAGGCGCGGCUCUCGCAGACGCCGGCGAUGCAUGCUGGCUCGCCGCUCAAGCAGGAGCAAGGCGUCGCCCAGGACACACACAGAGUCCCGUCGGAAAGCCCCGCGCUCGCGCCGUCAGGCGCCCAGCAAGCACCGCCGGUGGCUCCGGAUUGGCUCAGCGAGGCAGCAGACUCGCUGCGCCAGCAGUAUCCCGACGACCGCUUCGAGCUGCUGCUCCGCGCGCGGCCGCCGGCUGCUGCCAGCUUGCCAGAGGUCCCAGGGCAAACGGACUGGCGCGUGCGCUGCCAGGACUGUCCCGGCAAGCUCUAUACCCCCGGCCCUGGCGAGUCGCUGGACAACUUCCUGAUUCACCUUCGCAACCGUCUGCAUCGUAACAAUGUCGCCGCCCGACUCUCGCUCGAACAGUAGCGCCGUGGAGCGAGCGGCUCCUCUGGCACUCUGCCGCUGCCCUUGCGCCUCUCUCCGCAGCUGUCCGCACACACGUACUCGUGUGCCGUGCUCCGAAACGCUCAAGCGCUGAAUACAUCGUGCUUGCAUCUGCUGCUGGUGAAGCGAGGUCCACCUGAGGCAGAGAUGUGUCCCUUGCUGCGGCGGCGCACCUGACAGCUUGAGGGUGCAUUCGAUGGCUCGGCGAAGCGUCCUGCGGUC